GGGAAGCCACGCCCACGCUCCAGGCGGGCCACGCCCCCUCCUCCAAGAAGUCGGCCGGGGACAAGUGGGCCACGCCUACUCCCACCUGCGCGAAAAAGCCACGCCCCUCACGUCGAGCCACGCCCCCCGCUGCCCUCCUCCUCCAAGCCGGCCGGGGAUGGGCAGGUCCUAGCGCCGCAAGUUUCACCCCACGAUGGUCAUUAGCAUUCCACAGAAGUUAAGUAAAUUGAAAACACACUCACUGCCACGGCACUGCGAAGGAAGGAAACUGCGCUCGCAACAUACGCUUUCUGCUGACACGGUCCGUCUGUCUAGCCUCCCCAUGCACAGAGCUGGUCCUCUUGACUGGUAGAUUGACUUGGGUUGAAUCCAUAACUGACCCACAGGGAAUUCCAGAGAGAUCGCUGGAGGAGAUCUUAGGGCAGACGACUCCCAGAGACGUUUUUAAAUUGCCCAUUGCAUCGCUGACGUUGGAGGACAUCUGUCACUCUGAUCCACUGCUGAAGUUUGCACUGAAUUGCACCGGAGAGAUCUCUGCCAUGGUUGCAUCAAGACCACUCACGGUUUGGAGUCUGCUGCUAGGGCUGAGUCUUCUUAUACCCACUCAGAGCAAGGAAGAGGAAUCACUGGGCAAUGCCACGGUGAGACCAACCCCAGAAGAUCGUGGAGAUCAGUCCCCAAACCCAGACUUUUGCGACUUCACAUUUCACAUCCCCUGGUCUGGGAGCUCUUGCACGCAGACUACCCAGGCAACCACCACACCAGCCUCUCAGGAAGAGCUGGACCAUCUCAAGAUCUUGUUGGAGGACCUUGGAGGCAACCUGAAGAGCCUUCAGGAGGCUGCAGUUCUGGAGGCCGGCCAGUCCAGGUACCAGGACAUCGUUUCCCAAGCCCUUCCUGAUGUGAGAGAGGCCAAUGGGGAGUUCCAUGAGAUUCUUGGGAAGUUCCUGCAGGAGCUGGAGGAACACAUUCAUGCAGAUGACCAUCUGCACGCAGAGGACGAGAAAAAGAAGUUAAACGAACACUUGCGGGGAAUGGACAGGAUGCUGCGUGUGACCAGUCACCUGGCCGACCAGCUGGACCAAGCAUCCCAGGACCUCCUGGUCAAGAUGACCAGCCUUUCGGAGAAACCAGCCAUCCGGGUGGAAGGAAGCGCCCUGAAGACAUCUUAGCUGCUCAUCCCGUUCUCUGUCCACAAAAGCAUUAAAAGAAAGGCCUCAGCAUUCAUUGUGCAA